AUGAAAGUAAAAAGUCUAAUAAUUGAAAAUGCAGCAUUAUGUGAUGAGGUUGCUAAAGUACAAGAAAAUAUUCAAAUUGUUAAAGAUGAGAGGAAGUUUUUGUUACAUAAACUGCUUGAAUAUGAAAAUGAUGUUGAUAAUUCACACUUAUACUAUAAGAACGAGGUCGCCUCAAUUAUAAAUGGUGCCAAAACAAAACCUAAGAAAAGAAAAAGUCAAGAAGAGUCUGGAAAGAGUUCUUUGCCAUAA